AUGGAUACGGACGAGAAACUUUGGCGUCGAUUAUCAUCCGCCUCUAAAGACGCCGAAUCUAAUGAAUGGCUGUUGAAACAACAGCAGAAGGCAAGAAGGCAAAAGAUAAUAAUAGCAACGAUCGGUCUAGCUAUACUUGGAGCUAUAGUUGCCGUAAUUGUUUUACAUUAUCUUCAUCCAAACUCGCCUAUAUAUCCUACCGGCAGCGGAUCCAACGGGGGAAAUUCCACUGACAAUGGAAAUAGUCCAAGCAGUGGAAAUCCGAGCAAGUCAAAUAAUAACACCAUCAUACCCGACAAAAGCCUCAUACAUUCAUUCUAUGGAAUUGGCUAUACACCGCUCAAUACACAGUUUCCUUCGUGUGGUGCAACUUUGGCUAACAUCACCGAGGAUAUUAAAAUUCUCUCUCAACUUACAUCGAGAAUACGUCUUUAUGGUCAAGACUGCCAGCAAGCUGAUAUGGUGCUGCAAGCAAUUAGAAAUUUAAAAGUCAAUAUGUCUGUCAUUUUGACGAUUUGGGUCGACAGUAAUAUGACGACGUACAAACGUCAAUAUGAUUCAUUUUUCAAUACAUUAAAAACCUAUGGGGCUGACGGGAAUAUUGAUAGCGUAUCAGUAGGGAACGAAGUGUUAUUUAGAAAAGAAAUAAGUUCGUCCGAUUUAUUCGCCAGGAUGGCUGAUGUACGAUCAAAAGUGAAAGCGAUGGGUUUCAAAGAUAUAAAAGUCAGUACUUCGGAUUUAGGGUCAAAUUAUGAUUCAUCCAUGAUAAAAGCCUCAGAUACUCUACUUGCCAAUAUCCAUCCCUUCUUUGCCGGGGUACCUGCAGAGCAAGGUUCCAAUUGGACGUUUAAAUAUUUUAACGACAACAUUGUUGUACCUGGUAUGGGAAAACCUGCGAUCAUCAGUGAAGUCGGUUGGCCAACCCAAAAUGGCACACUUAACGCUUCGAUAGCUUCCGUGCCUAACCUACAAACUUUUAUGGACGAUUUUGUCUGCGAAGCAAACCGCCGUAAAGUUCCUUAUUACUUUUUCGAAGCUUAUGAUGAACCUUGGAAGAUCAUUACCGGCAGUGAAAUGGAAUGCCAUUGGGGGCUCAUGACUGUAAACAGGGAGCUUAAAGUAAAAAUUCCAAACUGUCCUAUCGACUAA